AACUCACUUCAACCAUCUUUCCGUCCCAACUAAAGAAAAGUGAGUUUCUUUCGUGCGCGGCUCGUCAUUCCCCCGUGUCCAGACACCUGAGCACAUGACGACGCAUCCCAGCAGACCGCACAUAUCACAGUAAUGCUAAUCUGCCUCCGCAUCCCUUCUUCUCCCACCAACAAUGGCAAUGGACGCCCUCAAAGCCAAAGCGAAGAGUUCCCUGUCGCGCGACCCGAGUCCGCACCCAGACGAACCCGACAAGUACAGGCUCCUGGUGACUGCCGGCCCAUCGUAUGACCCUUCUACUCACCAGAUCGUGCACGUCAACACCGACACGGCCACGUCGAUCGAGAACGAGUUCAUUCGUGCCAAGCUGAAGGUGCGCAUACGAGGUUACCGCGGCCUGCCUUCAUCAUGCCCGAGCAGCAGCCCUUACUUCGAAAACGCCGCGCAUCUCAAAGAUCAAUACAGCAUUGCGUUCAGUUUCGUGCCAAAGAAGGACCUACCCAGCUUGGAUGCCAUUUGGGGCAAUGACUUCGACCAUCCCGUUCGCGACCGUUUGCCACCCGGCUUCAACACUGCCUUUCGCAUUGUGAAGGAAUUUAUCGAUCCCGGACUGGAGUGCGAUGCUUACGCCGAUGAGCCAUGGCUUUACGGUCCAGCCCUCUCGUGCUGGUUCGGACUGAGGAUUGGAGAGAAAAUGGAGCCUGGCACGGAGCUACUUGAAGCGCCCGAAGCAAACGAUGUGCUCAAGGAGGGAGCGGACGGCAGUGGGGCCGACAUUCGACAGCAACACGCACUCCCAGACAACAACGAGAAACGCCGGAAAUUCUUCCUGUCCAAGGCCCAUCGCGAGGGAUUUACGUUUGAAAAGGACCGCCUUUACCAAGUCGACUUCUUCAACCCGUACCUCGACUUUGGCAAUUUCGCGCUCAAGUUGCCCGGAUUCAGCAUCAAAGUGAUCAAGUACAUUGACGAGAAGAGUCAUACGCUACGCUAUGUCUUCAAGAAUCGAGUGACCGAAGAGGUCUAUCUGUGUGUCAAUUUAAACCUCUUAUGGGGCGAUCAAUUGCAGCGAGCACUGAAAGCGGAUGAGACGCAGUUGCAGGAAUUGGCUGCGGCGAAACUCAACGACCACAAUGGGACGACUAAGAAUGAUGAUGUGGAUUGAGGCAGGGGGCUCAUCAGGGUACCAGCAUACAUUGUUCUACAAGCGCGGCGUUUCACAGGGGAAAGGAGACAUUCACAUCAACGAUGUCUCACCACCAAGUAG